UCUUCAAAGAAAAGAAACGUGAGUCUUUCACCUAUAUAAAAACUAAAACUAACCUAAAAUAAAUAUAAUAACAGCCCUAACAUAACUUGUUUCUUUCCCCAUUUUGUUGUUUUAAUACGCAACUUGCUUGCCAUUUUGUUGUGUCUAACAUGGUAUCGGAGCAGACAAAGAUUAUAAAAUCAAAUUAUUAAAACGUGCUCGUCCACAUAAAAGGUAGAGCGAGUUGAGAAUACAAUUAAAUAAUAAAUGAACGAAGAUUUUUGGGCAAUUCAAGUUGGAAAUUUGGUGCAACAAGGAAAGGAAAAGAUUGAAGUUAAAGGGAAGAUGGAGGUGAAGAGUGUAAAUGAAUUUGGAGAUGGGGUUUCAUGGUACAGAGGAGCAAUGCUAGGGAAAGGAAGUUUUGGGUAUGUUUAUGUUGCUAAUUUGAAGAACCCCAAGUCGAAAAAUCGAUACUUGCCAUCAGUUAUGGCAGUGAAAUCUGCUGAAGUUUCUGUAUCAGGUUCAAUUCAGAAGGAAAAGGAAGUUUUCAAUAAUAUCAAAGGUUGUCCUUACGUAAUUCGAUGCUUUGGGGAUGAAUUUACUAGUGCUGAGAAUGGUAUGAUGGCGUACAAUUUGUUGCUAGAGUAUGGCUCUGGUGGAAACCUAGCUGAGAGGAUCAAGAAAUUAGGGAACAAAGGGUUGCCUGAAUUUGAGGUAAGGUAUUAUACGAGGUCUAUGCUUAGAGGUUUGAAUCAUAUUCACGCGAUUGGUUAUGUUCAUUGUGAUAUGAAACCUGAAAACAUACUGAUUUUGUCGAAUUCUGGCAAGGGAAGUACUGAAUUUAGGGUCAAGAUUGGUGAUUUGGGAUUGGCAAAGAGGGGAUAUCAGAGCAAAAAGAGGAGAUUGGAGCCUUAUUGGAGGGGUACUCCGAUGUAUUUGUCACCUGAAGCUGUAGCUGAUAAUGUACAAGAAUCUCCUGCUGAUAUAUGGGCGCUUGGAUGUAUUGUGCUUGAGAUGUUAUCUGGAAAACCUCCGUGGAGUAAGAAGGAUGAUAUGAAUGCCGAGGAUGUACUCAGAAAGAUUGGGGAAGGACGUGAAUUGCCUGAAAUUCCAGGGGAUUUGUCUAAGGAAGCGAAAGAUUUUCUGAAGGUUUGUUUUGUGAGGAAGCCUACGUAUAGAUGGACUGCUGAAAUGCUGUUAAUUCAUCCGUUCGUUGAGGGUUUGAGUGAUGAUGGUGGAGUGGAAGAACGUGAGGAGGUUGAAGAUAUAAAUGAAGUUGAUUCUAUACAGUUGGUUACUGAGGCUGACGAUGGUUUCUUCUAUUCUCAAGAAGAUUGGAGCUGCAUAUCUGAAGAGGACUCCCUUGGUUACUGGUCCGAAGAUGAUACAGAGGUUACGGAGAAUGAAAUGGCCUCUUGUUUUGCUGAAGAAAGGAUAAGCAUUAGAAGCUCUAGCAUCGAUAGCGGUUUUAAUAGUAUGAUUGAUACAUCAGUGCAGUCCAUCAAGUAAUUCGCCGAAAUGUCCAUUAAAAUUUACAAAUCCUGCUGGUGUCUAGAACUAGGUGGUAGGCUGGAGAUAUGAUUCAUUUAUUCCUUGUUGGCUACACUCUCUGUAGAUUAUAUGCAACUCAUAUUGGGCUGAAAUUUAAUGAUAAGUUUUAAAUUCUUUUAUUC